CGUGAGAUUACUUCUUCUUCCGGUUUUCCUUCUCUAUUUCAUAAACACAGAAGUCUGCAAGAUUGCUGCUUCCAGACUUAAAAUUGAAGGGACUCCUGGGGGUGGUUUGCUCGAGCCUACCAGCAAUUUGUAGUGGGGGAAAAUAACACUCUAAGGAGAGUGAUUAAUCACGCCUUCAAUCCGAUUCUUUCCUACCGUCGGUUUUCCUUCUCUAUUUCAUAAACACAAAAGUCUGCAAGAUUGCUGCUUCCAGACUUAAAAUUGAAGGGACUCCUGGGGGUGGUUUGCUCGAGCCUACCAGCAAUUUGUAGUGGGGGCAAAUAACACUCUAAGGAGAGUGAUUAAUCAUGCCUUCAAUCCGAUUCUUUCCUACCGUUUCCCUGACAGCUUCCUCUCCUCACUGGCCAGGCUCCUCCGCCAGCUCCACUGCGCCUGCCAAAGAUCACAAAAACUGGGCAGUGGGCAAUGCUUAGCUGGUUUCCUAGUUGUUGGGUUCUGUUGAUGUUGCUACCGAUCUCAGUCUUCGUUGGUUCUCGUCAGUACAAGCUUGAGCAUGAACUGGCUAGGUUUUCUCAGGGGGAUCGUGAUAUACAUUCUUAUUAUCAGCACUUUGUCACUCUCUAGACAGAAUGUCAAGAACCAGUUGAUCCUAAUAACUCGAGGUUUUGGGAGAAGGUUCUGCUGGAUCUUAUACCACUCUCUAACACGCCCCCUCAAACGAAAGCCAACCCAUGGGCUUGAAGUUUGCACAGGCCCACCAUACCUUGUGCUUUAAUCAAUUGUUAAUAUUGGGGGUCAAGGAGAUUCGAACACACGAUCAUUUGGCCAAACUAGCUCUGAUACCAUAUCAAGAACCAGUUGAUCCCAAUAACUCGAGUUUUUGGGAGAAGAUUCUGUUGGAUCUUAUACCACUCUCUAACACAUAACAGGAUAUGCUUGCUGCAUCCUUGGCCGCUGAGCCUUCUAUAGCCGCCAUUCUCUAGGACCGGAAUCGCUCUCGCCUUAUGCAGCUUCUUAUGAUACUCCGACAUGAGUUUGAGGCAAUUCGGGCUUCUGUUCUUCAUCACAAUAUUGACUCCAUUGAUACCGCUCUUAGCGAUUUAAUUCAGGAAGAGACCUGUCUCUGUAGUCUUACCAAGCUUGACACUUCUUCUAAUGUUGCGUUUGCAGUUGGGCACUCAGGGUCCUCUUGUCCUUAGUUUUAGCAGAGCUCCAUCAGUCAUCUUACUUGUCAUUAAUGUCAGGAUGUGGGUCACAUUCAGCCCCACUGCAGGAAGCCGAAUAUUUGCAGUUAUUGUAAGCAGUCAGUGCACAUUAUCUCGAUUGCAAGUCUGCAGGACGCCGCAACAAGGCUGGUUCUUUCUCUGGUCGCGCAGGGCUCCUGGGUACGCUCGGUCUGGUUAUGUCGUGAUUGCGGUUCUUGCUAUUGGUUCGUCCUCCUCUAGUCUCACUUCGGAUGAGGUGCGUCGCCUGGUUGAUGAGGAACUAUAGGAAGCUUUGCCUCAUGCUCUUAACUCUGCUUUUGCUACUGGUGGGGUUAAAGGUACUCAUUCUCAUUGGUUUCUUGAUUCAGCUGUAUUCAAUCAUAUGUCUAAUGAUUGUUCUCAUUUUGUGACUUAGAAUUAUGGGCUAACAUCCUCUUUGCAAGUGGCUAAUGUUGCUAAGCUUCCUACUCGUGUUGUUGGCACGACUUCUACUUGCUCUAUCUGUCUUUCCAAUACUUUAUUUGUUCCUGAUCCGGUUUCGUAGCUUGUUUCGGUUGGCCAGUUAAGGAGGAUGGGUGUGAGGUUAAGUUUGAUAAUCAAGGUUUUAUUAUGUAAAAUCGGAUGACGGGGAAGGUACUGGACAAGGAUAAAAAGGAUGGUCGGGACUUUGUUCUUCAAGAAUAUGGGGGCUCGCACUCGCAGGGGUAUUCAUCUUUUCUGGUGGACAAAGAUGUGGCUGGCCGCUCAUCUUCGAGCGCUUCUAUGGAUGAGUUUUCUGAUGUUGCUCAGUUUACUAUUGAUGAGGAUUUCAUUUCGGAUUUUUUUGUUGAUUCUAGUGAUUCUUUGGCCUUUUCUAUUUGGCCUCUAGACAGUUUGGAUUUUAAUGUACGAACUCAGUUUGGGAUUUAUGGCAUCAUCAACUUGGUCAUCCUCAUAAUGCCCGACUUCUCACUGUGUUUCAAUGGCUUUUGUUGCCUGAUUCUUUGGGUUCUCGUUUUACUCAUCCAUCUCCUUGCAUUUAUUGUAUUGAGGCAAAAACCUCCCAAUCUCCCUUCUCUUCGAGCAUUACAGUCUAAGACUCUCCGUUCGAUUUGAUUCAUACUGAUCUUAGGAGUCCGCCUCCUGUCACUUCUCGUAUGGUAUACCGGUAUUUUUCUUUAUUCAUUGGUCAUGCGAUGCGGUAUACCUGGAUCUAUUUUUUGCAUUGUAAAUAUGAAUUGAUUGAUCAUGCCAUUGCCUUUGUGCAAUUAAUCCGGACUCAGUUUGGGAAGACACUCAAGAUUAUUCGGUCAGACCCUGGUGGAGAAUUAAGCUCUACACCUAGGGAUGGCAACAAAAUCCAAACCCACGGGUACCCACCCGACCCACCCCGGUCAACGCGGGUAAAAUCCGUGUUGACGGGUUUUGGGCCGGGUUUGGGUUUCAACCUGUUCACUAUUCACCGGGUUGGGUUUGGGUUUAGGUAAACCCGCCCCAUGGGUACCCGCCCACACUCAUAUAAUUAAUUUUUCGGUAUAUUUAAUAUUCUAAACAACUAAUCUUAUUUAUGUUUGUGGAGACAUGUCUAAUUUUUUCUUUCUAAUUGAGUAGAAUGAAGUUGAUGUUAUCGA